AUGGCGCCCGCUGUCCCUCGCCUGCGGAUUCUUUCAGUUGGCGGUAAUGCCGUUUCGGCGUUUCUCUCCUGGCGUCUGCAAGCAACCAAUGCCUGCGACGUCACGCUCGUCUGGAAGUCUGGCUUUGAGAGCGUUGCCCAGUACGGCAUAUCCUUCAAAUCUGCGCUCUACGGCAACGAGCGCUUCAAGCCAUAUUCAGUCGUACGAACUCCCGAAGAUGCUGCACAUUCUUCUAAACAGCCGUUCGACUAUGUCCUGCUCUGCGUAAAAGCCCUACCCGACGUAUACGAUAUCGCGAACAUCAUCGAAUCUGUUGUCUCGCCCCAACACACGUGUAUCCUUAUGAACACAACAAACAGCCUUGGUGUGGAAUCGUAUCUGGAACAACGGUUCCCGACCAACGUAGUCUUAUCGCUGGUGUCUGGAGCAGAAAUUGCACAAAUUGGAGCCAGCGAAUUUGAGCACAAGGGCGCCACUGACAUCUGGGUCGGUCCUGCCAACAAGAACCCCUCGAUUCCGCCGCAGAUUCAGUCGGAUAUGGCCGAAGCCCUGGCUAUGACCCUGAGCUCAGGCCAGGUCGAUUGCAAAGUGUCGCCCAAUAUUCGCCAGCAGCAGUUUGAGCGCAUGAUUGGCGCCAUUGCUUUUCAUCCCACAAGCGUGCUCUUUGAGACCCCUAACCAUGCCGAGUUGCUCGAAAAAGUCGGCGUGCGUCCGCUCGUCACUGGCAUCAUCGACGAACUGCUUGCACUGGCCAAAGCACAGGGUUGCAAAUUCCCCUCUGAUUAUCGGGAAACCACGAUUCAGCAAAUGGUACAAACAGGUGGUACUAAUAGCACUAUGUACAUGGAUUUUGAGGCCAAGCGCCCCAUGGAGAUCGAGACCUACCUGGGCUCGCCUUUGAAACUUGCACAGGAGACCCAGGUCCCGGUUCCUCGUAUCGAGACACUGUACGCAACUCUCCAUCACAUCAACAUAGUGAACCGCACAAGACCCGUUGUAGCUCCGGUUCCUUCGCCCACCAAUGGAGACCAGCGUCUGCCACCUCCUAGACUUUCUUCUGCACCGUUGCCCCGAGGACCCCCAGGAGCCCUGAUGAAUGGCAACGGCCCGAUGAAAGGCGGCCCACGUCCUGGAAGUCGAGCUCCUUCUAUGACCGGCCCACCGCCUGUGAUGCGCAGGGGGCCUCCUUCUGGACCAGUCAACGGCUACCCGCCCAGGCAAAUGAACGGAAUGCCCAAUGGCCAACGACGACCCUCUUUCGAAGGUAACGACUUGGAAGAAUUCAGUCACUUGAUGCUUUACGACAACAUAGCUGAUGAGGGCGGUCCUGGUGCUGGGUACGAGAAUGGCCCAAACGGGCCUCCGUCCUCCAAUGACCUAGCGCUGCGCGAGAGGGAGCUUAUGUUGCGACAGAAAGAGCUGCAAUUGAGAGAACAGGAGAUGAACAUGCGUCGCGGCCCGCGUCGAGGCCCACCUCCACCUCCGUCUCACAUGGGUGGUUUCGAUGAGGAUGAGGACGAGGAUGACUACUUUGACACGAUGGCCUCUCGCGGACCUGGCCCAAUGAUCGACCCUGAUAACUUCGACAUGAUGAGCGUCACCUCAAAGCGAAACCGAAAGGUUCCUAGUGCGAGUCAAAUUCGGAAAAACCCUGAGAUGGCCGGUAUGGGCCCAGGGCCGCAGGGUGGAGGACGAUCUCGCAAUCCCUUCGCUCGCCCUGGCUUGAACAAGAACCGAACCAGCGCACGGAUGAUGGCUGAUGUUCCCGGCUUACACGACUCAAUCAUGAACAACCCGCUGAUGGGAUAUUCGUCGAACCGAUAUGGCGACGUUGACAGGGGCGCGAUGGGAGCUCAAUCACGCACAAACUCCCUGACGGCAGCCCGGCUCGACGAGCUCCAACAGGGCGGCAGCUAUGGUGCCUAUCCCCCGAUGAGCCGGCGUACAAGCCAGUCUCCUGGCAACCCACUCAGUCCUGGCCCGAGACCGAUGGGACGCCCUUCGCCCCCGAACGGCUAUGCCCCAAACGGGGUGCCAUCUAACGGAAUGCCACCAAACGGCCGUCCGUCGCCACCAGGUAUGAGACAACCAGUUCCCCGACACCCUCCCGGCCACGGCAACGCAGUAGCACCGCAACAAGUGGAGCAAUACGCUGGGGUGAGCCAAAACCUUUACCCGCCCAAGUCCCGUCCGCAAGUUCGCAGUCUGACAGGUUCUGCAAGCGCCAGCGCUGGGAGCGGUAGCACCCAACUAGAUUCGGAAAACUCUGCGCACAGCAGUCAGAGUAGCCUGGGCCCCCGCCCGCCACUCGGCGUCCGGUAA